AUGGAGACUUUGCUGCCCCUGCUCAUCCUGCUGGCCCUGUGCUGGCCUGCACUCAGCUCCUGGCACUACUGUGGGACCUGUGGGCUCCGGCCCCUGGCUUCGUACCACAGAACCUCACCUGCCCUGGGGGGCAGCAGUGCCCAGCCAGGGGCCUGGCCCUGGGUCGUCAGCAUCCAGGAUCCCUGGGAAGCAGGCACAGGACACAUCUGUGGAGGGUCCCUGAUCAGCUCCCAGUGGGUUCUCACAGCAGCUCACUGCUUCAUCGGGGCCAGGAACAUCGACAUGUGGCGCGUGGUGGUGGGAGCCACCUACCUGCGCCACCCAGGCCCUGGCACCCAAGUGCGCAACAUCAAGCAGCUGCUGCCGCACCCUGGCUACAGCAACCUCAGCAGCAGGCAGGACCUGGCGCUGCUGGAGCUGGACCAGCCUGUGCAGUGCGGCCCCCAUGUGCAGCUGCUCUGCGUGCCCAGCGCCGCGCUGCGCCUGGCAGACCUCGCCAGCUGCUACGUCAGCGGCUGGGCUGGCAUCGCGGCCAGAUCUGGGGCACCCACGGAUGUGCUGCAGGAGGCCAGGGUCCACCUCCUCGAUGCCCACCUCUGCAACAGCAGCCGCUGGUACCGAGGAGCCAUCCACAGCCACAACCUGUGUGCAGGCUCCCUGCAGCCUGGCACCAACACCUGCCAGGGUGACAGUGGUGGUCCCCUCAUGUGCCAGGCCCGAAAUGCCAACUACUUCUGGCUGGUGGGAGUGACCAGCUGGGGGAAGGACUGUGCCAGGACGAGGCAGCCCAGCGUCUAUACCUCCACCCAGCCCUUCUACCACUGGAUCCUGGUCCAGACAGGCCUUGUGCAGACAGAAAGGGCCAUGCCAACGUCACAGAGGUGGGCACCAGCCCGCACCACAGCAGCCCCCGUUCAGAUGCCAAGCCAAGCACCACAGCCACUGGGCUCAUUGGCGCUGCAGAAGCUGGUGGAGCUCCUCACCUGGCUGAAGGGCUUCCUGCAGGCCCUCGCUGGGAACGAGAGCUCAGCAGUGGGAUGA